AUGGUUGCAAUGAGAUCGUCACCUCCACAAACACCGACAGAGAAUUCAGAAAAGGGCUUGGCCUCUCCUUCAAUCAGGUCGAUUCUUCGACUUCACCCCCAAGAGCGUCUCAUCGUGAAGCCUCUGCACUGGACGGCGCGACACGUUGACUCGCUGGGCUGCAACUUCAUCCACAACACAUCGCUGGCUUCCUCAUGGCGUCUUCCUCCUCCACUGGCGCCCGAUGGGAAGCUUGAUCCCGGCACCAUCAUUGCAAACGCCCCAACCAGUGCCAAUGCCGACGCCUCAUCUCCCACAGUUGUACCUCAGCGUCAACCGUUGUCCCCCAUCGAUCGUCUCAGCAGCGUCAAUACGCUCGAGCUCGUCUGCUCCCUACGACGCAAAGCUUCUAGGUAUGUCGCCUGUGCUGUGCACGCACCUAUCCCUCGCACAUGGCUUACCCCCGGUUAA